GCAUUAGCUAUAAGUUUUCAAGGGCAAAUCCGUCAUUCUAGCUUUCUUUUAUCUUUCUCUGUUUAUCUCGUAUUUAAGACGAUUCACUUGACUUCACAUGAUUUUCAACUCUCUCUCGACUUUACAGUUUCCCACCUGCCUCUCUCACCUUUAAUUCACUGUUUAUUAAGAAAGAGAAUAGAGACUUCAUUGCUUUUCCGGCGAUGGCGAUUCAUCCUUGGUGGAAACGUAACAGAAAGAAAGUGGACAAGUACAUGAAGAACGCGAAGGAUUUGAUAACGAGCCAAGAUCCAAACGACAUCGUAUCAGCUCUAAGCCUCUUGAAUUUAACGCUUUCCAUCUCUCCUCACCACGAACUCGCUCUGGAACUCAAAGCCAGAUCGCUUCUCUACCUUCGUCGUUUCGAAGACGUCGCCGUUUUGCUUCACGAUUACAUUCCCAGUCUUAGAAUCGAUAACGAAGAUGUCAGCAGUGUCGUCGUCGCUUCAUCGGAGCUUUCCUCUCUCAGGCCUCUUCUUCCGAGUGGCUCACCGAGUCAUGACUCGUCGUUCAAGUGUUUCUCUUAUUCCUACUUGAAGAAGAAGGUCAUGGCAGGGUUAAGUAAUAAUUCUGAAGUACAAGGGCAAUGGAGAUACUUGGUUUUGGGUCAAGCUUGUUACCAUCUGGGUUUAAUGGACGACGCGAUGAUCCUACUCCAAACCGGUAAACGCCUUGCCACGGCGGAGCUCCGCCGCGAAAGCAUUUGCUGGUCCGACGAUAGCUUCAUCCUUUUCACCUCCGAAUCGCAGCCACGACCAUUCACCGAAUCCGAGAUCGUAUCGCAAAUGCUCUCCCAAAUCAAGCUCUUCCUCCGACGGCGCACGGCGGCGCUCGCAGCACUCGACGCCGGUCUCUACUCUGAAUCCAUCCGCCAUUUCUCUAAGAUCAUAGACAGCCGUCGCGGUGCACCGCAUAGUUUCCUCGUCGAUUGCUUAAUCCGUCGUGCCUCCGCCUACAAAUCCGCCAGCCGAAUCGCGGAUUCCAUCGCCGAUUGCAACUUAACCCUAGCCUUAGACCCGUCGUGCCUAGAAGCUUUAGAAACCAGAGCCGAAUUGUUCCGAUCGAUACGGUGUUUCCCCGACUCGCUUCACGAUCUCGAACACUUGAAACUCCUCUUCAAUUCAAUUUUACGUGACCGGUCAUUAACCGGCCCGGUUUGGAAACGGCAUAAUGUCCGGUACAGAGAAAUCCCGGCAAAAUUAUGUGAAUUAACCUCUAAUAUCAAACAAAUGAAGGAGAAAAUUACAAACGGAAAAAACGGUAAUGAGGAUUAUUACUCUUUGAUGGGAAUUGAACGUGGGUGCUCGAGAUCGGAGCUGAACCGGGCGUACUUGUUACUGAAUCUAAGACAUAAAUCGGAGAGAUCAAUGACGUCUAUAGACCGGUUCGAUAUAAUCGAUGAGGAAGAAUUAGCUUCGGUUAAAAACCGAGCUAGAAUGUCAACGUUGUUACUCUAUAGAUUGAUCCAGAAGGGAUAUUACGCCGUAAUGAGUGACAUUGAAACGGUAGAAGCGGUAAAAGCGGUUAUCGAUAAUCGACGGAUUGAAACGCCGAUGGAUGGUAACAAAGCGGUGGCAGUGGCGGUUGUGAGGAAGAGUAACAUCAAUUUAAAUGUGGUUAAAGGAGUGUUUUGUAGAGAUAUGGUGGCGGUUGGGACUUUGAUUUCCCGUGCCGGUUUAAGACAACCAAUUACGGUUUAGUUGCAUGCAUGUCAUAGGAUUUUGGAGAUUUAUCUCUCGUUUUUAUUUUUUUCGCUGAGUAAAAGAGUUAAUUUUAUUUUUGACUUUGGAAAAUAAAACGAAACUUUUUCUCAUUAUAUGGUACUAUUAUCUUAUGAGAUUUUGACAUCAUAUCAAAGUGAGAGUGACAUAUUCACCAAACAAAAAAGAAGUGAGAGUGACAUUAAAAUUAUUAAGCUCGUUUACGACAAACCGAUUAACCCGACUCAUGUAAAUAUGACAAAAUCGAGACAAUUUUGCCCUCGUCAGACGCGUAAAUGAUUUGAUUAAUCAUAUUUGUUUUUUCUCAAAACGAAAUUAGUAAAUUACCAUUACUUCAAGACCAAGUUGAAACAAACCAAGUAAAAAUCAAUAUUUUCAUUUCACCUACUUUGGUGGUUAGGAAAAAGUCAAAGCUCUCGUAACUAU